AAAUUUAAUAAGAAUUUUGAUUUAAAUUUAUAUUUUCUUAUAUAAAACGUUUUUAUUCAGUAUUAAGAUCUGGCUUGAUUAAUAAUAGUCAUAAAUUUUAAUAGCAAAUUACUAAUAUACUCUGAAAGGUAAAAUGGAAAUGUCACCCCUCCGGUAAUUGAUAUGAUUUCUUUUCAGAUACUAGAAAAUAGUAGAAUCCCCUAUUCAAUUAUGAAGCAAGAUACGUGGUGGGAAAUUCAUAUUUGAUCUGACUAAACUCUGGUUUAUUAAAUACAAUUUAAAUAAUGGAUGACAAUGUGCACCUUAUUUUCAAAGUGAGCUUAAGUGUGACAAAAAUAAAGUUUGAGUAUGAAAUCAUUUCUCAUCCUUAUUCUGGAAGGGUUAUGCACAACUUCCAGCAAAAGUGCUGACAACUCUCUCCGUGUAAUAUUAUAUACUCGUGAGGAAGAGACAGGAAGUAAAAAUGUAGAACAUAUUUUACUUGAUUGGCUAUAAACUCCCAUGCUUCUCCAAGCGCUGAAAAUGGGCUUUCUUGAUACACUUCGGUAAUACAUCCUUUGUAUCUGAUGAAAAUGCAGAUGAGCAUCAUAAACUAUUGUGACUUGAAAGGACUGAUCUCACAGUGGAGCCUGCCUCCAUCUGCUUUCACCUCUAAAGCAGGGUUGCUGGUGUUGUUGGUUGGUUGGUUUUUGGGUUUUGGUCCCUACAAUCACCACUGAAUUCAUAGGUUAAAAUUCAGGAAUUCCACAUGCCAGUCUAGUCCCUUGUUUUUGUAAUUGUUGUUGUUUGUCUGCUUAUUUCUUAUACUGUAUUAGUGUCAUUUAUGUAUGCUUGCAUUAGCUUAGGCCUUCUACUACUGAUGCUAAUUAUUCCACAUUAUGUUUUCAUAAGUGCCUUUGUAAAGUUGGAAUAUACACAUGUGAGGAGAGGAGGGAAAAGAGAAAAUAUUAUUGACAGGGCUUUCAAAAAUCUCAAAUUAAAUCAAUGGCUGUAGGCUUAUUUUUUCAAAGCUACCUUCUACCUUUUUUUCUGCAUUUACAGAAGAGUCAAAUGAGGCCAUCUGUAACAAUAGGCUCCAGUUAAAUAUCAGACACUUGCUGAAAGUCAUUGCUUCAGGGUUGAAACAAACAAGCAGGAAUUUUGUAAAGGACAGCAAAGCUGUGGAAAUUUAGUCCCCUGCUUUGUGAUAGUUUCAUUCUUGGGAAUAGAUAAAGUCUUCAGAACAUUAUUUUAUCCUUGAUGGAAGGUUGUGUUUCAUAAAGCUUUAUAAGGAUUACAGACUGAUUAUGUCUAGAGAGAUCAUGAAGAGGGGCAUCUACGUGAUGAUAUAAUAUGUAUUCAGUUGUCCUCUGCUCAUUUCUAGUUGUACAGCUUCACCAUCUUUACUACAAAGAAGCACAGAGAAGAGCUCAGAAUACUAUUAACAUAAUGUUCAAAGCAGCCAUCACCAUAGAGAAAGGUAGUGGAAUAAUUGUCACAUUUUCUAUUGUUUUGUAAUAGGGAUAUGAAGACAUAGAAGUAUAGUCAUAUUACUUAAUUCUCUGCUUCAGAUAUUGCACUCUGAUAUAUGCUUGGAAUAAUAUAACUCCCAAAUAGUAAUAUUGUUAUACAUGCAGAGUGUUUCAAUGUUGUUCAGUCACGGUUUUCCUGAUGACUUAGAGGCAAGUGAAGCACAAAUGACAUCCUUUACACUGUGAACUGAACAAGGCCUGCAGAUGUCCACAGACAAGGAUAAUUGAUUCAUCCAGUGGUUUACUGAAGCAUAACUUAAGAAGAAUAAAUACUCAUCAUUCACUUUUCCUACUGCAACUUGUAUUCUUACACUGAACAUCACUUUCCAUAUUUAAUUUAAUGUGCUUUAUGGAACUAGUUGGCACCAUUUAGAUAGAGUUUAAAUGACUUACAUUUAACAAAACAAUGGAUCCAACCAAAAUACAAUACACAUUUUACACGUGUAAACACCUUUAUAUUUUUAAAAUAACUCUGAAUAUGUAUUGGAAUUCUGCUUUGAAGUAAUUUUCUAGUUUUACAAAUGAAUAGGUUUCGUAUAGAAGAAAAAAGAUACAUCCCUUUGAAGGGAAAGAGCUCUGUUUCAUAUAGGCCAUAAUGCUAAGUAUAUACAGUAAUGCUAAAUAUAGAAAUGUAUAUUUUCUUAUAAGUAUAGCUCACCUGAUAAGGAUUUUUGUUACGGUUAGUAAAGUUGGGAAGAUAAUCAAAUGACAGAGACUGUCUGAGUUAACACUUGGUUAAACUUAAUUAAACUAUCAUAUUUCUCAAACAAAAUUGUUACAUAUGAACAAAUACAUGUAUAUCAAAACGUAUUAUGAUCUUUGAAUGAUACAAGUUAUAAUUGUGAAUAAAAUAAAGUAAACAAUUAUGAGAAAAGUGGCAGUCCUUCCAGUCUUCAUCUGUGUACAAAUCUAAAACCUGACUGGAGAGAGCUGGUCUGCAAGGAGCACUUUACCUCCUAAAUGCACAGCCCACUGGUCGGACCCCACUUUCUCUCCACUGAGUGUCUAAAGAGAAACCCACCAGGAGUGCAGUCCUGGGCAUAUACACAAAAGAUUCUCCAGCAUAUAACAGGGACACAUGCUCCAUUGGGUUCAUAGCCAACUUUUUUAUAACAACUAGAAGCUGGAAAGAACCCAGAUGCCCUGAACAGAGGAAUGGAUACAGAAAAUGUGGUACACUUAUACAAUGGAAUACUACUCAGCUAUUAAAAACAAUAACUUCAUGAAUUCCUUGGCAAAUAAAGAGAAUUAGAAAAUAUCAUCCUGAGUAAGGUAACACACAAAAAAGAUUACACACACAAAAAACAAAACACACAUGGCACGAACUCACUGAUAAAUAGAUAUUGGCCCAAAAGUUUGAAUGACCCAAGAUACAAUCCACAGACCACAUGAAGCUCAAGAAGAAGGACAACCAAAGUGUGAAUGCUUCAGUCCCUCCUAAAAGAGGGAACUAAAAUAUUCAUAGGAGGAGAUAUGAAGACAAAGUUUGGAGCACAGACUGAAGGAAUGGCCAUUCAGAGCCUGCCCCACCUGGGGAUCCAACCCAUAUGCAUACAGCCACCAAACCCAGACAGUAUUGCUGAUGCCAAGAAGUGAAUGCUGACAGGAGCCUAAUAUAACUAUCUCCUGAGAGACUCUACCAGAGCAUGACAAAUACAGAGGCAAAUGUUAGCAGCAAACCAUUGAACUGAGAAUGGUGUCCCCACUGGAGGAGUUAAAGAAAGGAUUGAAGGAGCUGAAGGAGCUUGCAACCCCACAGAACAACAAUACCAAUCAACCAGAGCUCCCAAGGACUAAACCAGUACCCAAAGUGUACAUAUGGACAGACCCAUGGCUCCAGCUGCACAUGUAGCAGAGGAAGGCCUUGUUGGACACCAAUGGGAGGAGAAGUUCCUGGUACUGCCAAGGCUGGACCCCUCAGUGUAGGGGAAUAUCAAGGUGGGGAGGCAGGAAGGUGUGAGUGGUUGGGUGGGUGAACACCCUUACAAAAGAAGGGGAGGGGGAAUGGGACAGGAGUGUUAUGGAAAAGAAACCUGGAAAGGGGAUAGCAUUUGAAAUGCAAAUUAAAAAGUAUCCAAUGAAAGAAAGUAAAGAAAACAUCAUCCUGAGUGAUGUAACCCAGUCACAAAAGAACACACAUGGUAUGUACUCACUGAUAAGUGGAUCUUAGCCCCAAAACUUGGAAUACCUAAAAAUAAAAAUUCACAGAUCAUAUGAAACUCAAGUAAGAAGACCAAAAUGUGAAUGCUUCAGUCCUUCCUAGAAGGAAGAGCAAAAUACUCACAGGAGGAAAUACAGGGAAAAGAGUGGAGCAGGGAAAGGUCAUCCAGAGACUGCCCCACCUGUGAGUCCAUCCCAUAAGCUGUUGCCAAACCCAGUCACUACUGCUGAUGCCAAGAAGUGCUUGCUGACAGGAGUCAGAUAUGAAUGUCUUCUGAGAUGCUCUUCCUGAGUCUUUUGAUACUGAUGAGAAUGCUUGCAGCUAACCAUUCGACUGAACUCUGGGACACUAAUGGAGGAGUUAGAGAAAGGACUGAAGGAGCUGAAGGGGUUUGUAACUCCAUAGGAAGAACAACAAUAUCAACCAAACAGACCCCACCAGAGCUCCCAGGGACUAAACCACCAACCAAUGAGUAUCCAUGGAGGAACCCAUGACUCCAGCCACUUAAGUAGCAAAGGAUGGCAUUGUCGAGCAUCAAUAAGAGGAAAAGCCCUUGGUCCUGUGAAGGCUUGGUUCCCCAGUGUAGGGGAAUGCCAGGGUGUUGAGGUUGAGUGGGUGGGUAGGAAUGGGAGCAUCCUCAUAGACUCUGGGAGAGGGGGAAGGUAGUAUGGGAGAGGUUGGGAAAGGGGAUGACAUUUGAAAUGUAAAUGCAUAAAACAUCCAAAAAAAAUAAAAUUAAAAAGAAAAGUUCCAGAGAAUAUUACCAGAAAAAAUGCAUAUGACUAACAAGGCAAAGAAACCCCAUUUCAUUAUGCUUGGAAGGGAUGAGGCCUGAAAGGAACCUUGAGAUUUUGUUAGUGACCAGCUUAACAGAAAUCUGAAAGAUUAAUUAUUCAAUAAAACUGGACUCCACUCCAAGCUUGCUGGAACUUGCCUUGCAGCAUUUUAAAACGUUCAGAUACACAUGCCCAUUGAACUGGUAAGCAUUUUCUGGAACCGAGAUCCAAUAGUUAUCAAGCGUCAUCAGGCAGAAAUAAUGUGUUAAGUAGAUUUUUUCCUGCUUUAUUAAGAAUAAAAUUCAUUAGAAAAGGAAGAGUACUUUUGAUCAAUAAUGGGAAUCCUUUAAGUAAAUUACCUAACAAUAUAUAUCUGGGACAGAAUGUUAAAUAUUUAGUUUCAGCAAAAUGUAUUUUAAAUAGAGAAAAUCAAGGUAAAAACACUAAUAAGUUGAGGUGUGUUUUUUUCAGCCCUACCUUCUAGGACUUCUGUCAUGAAUGGACAUUGAAUUUUCUCCAAAGGUCAUUUCUGCCUCCACUGGGAUUGGAGGUCAGAUCAGUUGUACGCACAAAGCCACUUUGGAUCUGUCUCCAAAACGGGAACUCCCUUCACAGAAUGCCACAACAAGGUUGAAGCAACAGUCCGUCUGUGGCGAAUACAACUGUCUAGAACUUCUGAGCGUACCAAGGGUGACAAUAGCUUUUAUACAGGACAGAUUAUGUCAGCUUCUUUCUUAAGGAGAGGAUGUUUAAAUUUUAUCAAAUGAAAUAUAUUUUUCAAAUAUUGGAUAAAAUGAGAUGCUUGCGAAAACGUUCUACAGUGUCAUUCUUGGGAGUCCUUGUUGUUUUUCUUCUAUUCAUGAAUGUGUUCAUUGAAGAUAGCUAUGUUCUGGAAGGCGACAAGCAACUUAUAAGGGAAACAUCAACACAUCAACUUAAUUCUGAACGCUAUGUUCAUACCUUCAAGGAUUUAUCAAACUUCUCAGGAACUAUAAAUGUCACCUAUCGCUACCUGGCUGCCACACCUUUACAGAGAAAGCGAUAUCUCACAAUUGGACUUUCAUCAGUAAAACGGAAAAAAGGAAAUUAUUUACUUGAGACAAUCAAGUCAAUUUUUGAACAGUCCAGCUAUGAAGAACUAAAAGAAAUUUCAGUUGUAGUGCAUCUAGCAGACUUUAAUUCAUCAUGGCGUGAUGCCAUGGUCCAAGAUAUUACACAGAAAUUUGCCCAUCAUAUUAUUGCAGGAAGAUUAAUGGUUAUACAUGCUCCUGAAGAAUAUUAUCCAGUUCUGGAUGGUCUUAAAAGAAAUUACAAUGACCCAGAAGAUAGAGUCAGAUUUCGCUCCAAGCAAAAUGUAGAUUAUGCUUUUCUGCUAAAUUUCUGUGCCAAUACUUCUGACUAUUAUGUAAUGCUUGAAGAUGAUGUCCGGUGUUCCAGAAAUUUCUUAACUGCCAUCAAGAAAGUUAUCGCAUCCUUAGAAGGAACAUACUGGGUAACUCUUGAGUUCUCUAAACUUGGCUACAUUGGAAAACUCUAUCAUUCUCAUGAUCUCCCACGUCUGGCCCAUUUCUUAUUAAUGUUUUAUCAAGAAAUGCCUUGUGACUGGCUAUUGACUCAUUUCCGAGGGCUGCUGGCUCAGAAAAAUGUGAUUCGAUUUAAACCUUCUCUCUUUCAGCACAUGGGGUAUUAUUCAUCCUAUAAAGGAACGGAGAAUAAACUGAAGGAUGAUGACUUUGAAGAGGAGUCAUUUGACAUCCCUGAUAACCCACCAGCAAGUCUCUACACCAACAUGAAUGUCUUUGAAAAUUACGAAGCAAGCAAGGCUUACAGUAGUGUUGAUGAGUACUUUUGGGGAAAGCCACCUUCAACGGGGGAUACGUUUGUUAUUGUAUUUGAGAAUCCUAUUAAAAUUAAAAAAAUUAAGGUGAAUACUGGAACAGAAGACCGGCAGAAUGACAUUUUGCAUCACGGAGCCCUAGAUGUUGGGGAAAAACUCAUUUUUAGCAAACAAAUAAGACAAUGUGAAACUUACUUAAGACUAGGGGAAUUCAAAAAUGGAAACUUUGAAAUGUCAGAUGUGAAUCAAAAAAUUCCCUUUGACAUACAUUGCAUGAGGAUAUGUGUCACCAAAACUCAGAAAGAAUGGUUGAUAAUUAGGAGCAUCAGCAUUUGGACUUCCUAGCCAAGUAAAUCAGUAGAUUGAGUUUCUGAAACAGGUCUUCCUGUUUCAAUUUUUGCUAUUCCCUCUUUUGCUACUUUUGUCUUUUGGAGGGUAACUAAUUGGUGUGCUGUGGCACAAGAACGUUGAGUCAUCUCAGCAGUUUUGAUUGUAGUUUUACUAAGCACAUCUUUGUAAUUAAUUUCACGUUUCAGGCUGAAUAUCAUUCUGUAGUUAAAACUGAUUUCACUCAUUCAUUUAAAUGUUCAUAGUUCCAAAUUUCAACUCAUUGUGCAAAGAGUUGAUAAUUUAUUUUAUGUUUAGAAAGAUUCUUAGUAAGAAUAUAUGAGAAUAUGCAGAUUGGUUGCCAUCAUAAAAUGGGAUACUUUUUCUUAUAAAUUUAGGCUUUCACUGACUGAUGUAUUUCUACAAUUAAUACCUCCUCAUGGAAGUGGUGUCUUUACAACAGAUUAGUUGUGUAAGUAGAGCUUUGAAAAAACAGACUUAAAAGUCAUCAUUCCUUUGGUUAUUUCUAUGAAAAGGAACAUUGCUCAUUGUUUUAAAACAUUUAAUUGAGCACAUGUUAAUACAAUUCCCAUGAGAAUAAGUCUAUUUCUAAUUUCCCUUUUGAAAAUAUAUAGUUAAGCUCAAUAUUUUAAGGUUAUAUUGGAUAUCUGUAAUUAAUAGAGGAAGAGAGAUGGCUUACCGUUAGUUCAUUCAUACAUUUUCAGUAUAUGUAGAAAAAACUGAAAUUGAUGUUUUUACUUUUUGUAUUAAAACUCAUGUGAUUAAAAUUGUUGUAAUUUAUCAUAUUUGGGGAAGAUUAAAUGGCUGUCUUAUGUGGGAGAAAAGUAAAAUUUAAAGUAAC